UAGUGUUGUAUAGAGUUUGAUGAUCAGCAGCGGUCUGAACAACGCAAGCAUCAAGGCUUCUUGUCCAUUACUUUGACAUUUUGCUUUAUCUUGCUUGCUUAAAUACGCAUCAAAGAAAAAUUGUAUAAUGAAACGCCAUACUCAAAGAGAAGAGCAUAACAAAUACUGCUGAUACGUUUGCCUAUAUUGAUAAGAUUUGGUGUAUAUAAAUACUUUCGGUCAAACUAAAGUGAAUGCAGCGUCAAUCAGUUUACGUGCAGUGAAAUGGAGCAGCUCCCAGCGACUUUUGUGGAUAGUUUCCACAAUGAAGCUAGCGUUAGAAAAAUGAAAUACAACACAUUUGGCAGGACCGGUUUAAAGGUAUCGGAAAUAUCUCUUGGAACCGGCACGUUGAGUAAGCUUUACGGUCCUCUAGGAGAAACCGAGGGAGUCAAAGCAGUACAUUUGGCACUGAAAGAGGGUAUUAACUACAUUGAUACAGCUCCGUUCUACGGUCAAGGCCGAUCUGAAGAAAUUCUCGGGCAGGCUCUCAAAACCGUUCCUCGUCAGGCUUACUACAUUGCCACCAAAGUUGGACGGUACGAGAUAGAGUUUGAUAAAAUGUUUGACUAUAGCGCAAAAAAGACGCGCGAAAGUAUAGAGAAGAGUUUAAAACUACUUGGUGUUGACUGCUUAGAUGUGGUUCAGAUUCAUGAUGUGGAAUUCGCGAAAGAUUUGAAUUUGAUAGUGAGUGAAACUUUACCGGAAUUGGAGAAACUGCGAACUGAAGGAAAACUGAAGUUUAUCGGAGUGUCUGCAUAUCCAAUAGACGUUCUAAAGGAGAUUAUCUCAAGAGCACCGGGGCGUUUCGAUACUGUACUAUGUUACAGCCGCAACACAUUAAUUGAUGACACUUUGGGGCAAUAUUUGCCAUUUUUUGAAGCGAGCAAUAUGGCAGUGAUCUGUGCUGCAGGUCACGGUAUGGGUUUGUUCACCAAUGCUGGUCCACAAGCUUGGCAUCCCGCCCAUGAUCAAACGAAGCAGGUUUGCUUGGAGGCGAGCGAGUUCUGCAAGAAGGCAGGAAUUGAGCUUGGAAAAUUGGCCAUGUAUCAUUUCAUUCAAAUCAAAGGACCUGCUACAUUUCUGUGUGGAAUGCAAACCGAGGAUCUGGUUAAGAUUAAUUUGGAUGCCUACUACGACGGAUUGACACCCAAAGAACAUGAAGUAUUGGCUUAUUUGAACAAAAGUAUUUUCCCAAAAAAUAACCAUGCACACUGGGAAGGAAUUGAGGUUCGGAGGUAUUGGAAUGCUAUCAAUAGUGGAAAAAAAUUCUGAAAUGUUAUGACCUAAACAAAAUGAUGUAAACCAUGGCAAUACAAUAAAUGUUUUGGUUUAGAAACUGA